AUGCCGAGUCGACUCAUCCCAGAGCAUGUUGAUCUGCUCGGUAACCCGACUCCGGUGAUGAAGUGGCUUGGGGAGCAAGAUGUGGGAAGCCAACAGAGUUAUGCCUCAAACAUCUUCGACACGAUCCUGGGAGAAGCUGCCCAGCCUAGAUCGGUCUCGGGCAAUGCCUGUGUGAGGCUUUGUGGCUUUGUAGAACGAGUUUCCAAGUCUGAGUCGGAGCCGCUUCAGCUGUGGGCGUUUUCCCAGGAUGUAGCUUUGCGGCUUUACGACUUCUACAUUGAUUGGAAUGAGUUUGAUCAUCAUCGAUCCAUGAGGCUUGUCCUAGACCUGAUAGCACAGCUUCUCCGGAGAAAUCCUGACAAGAAAGCGGCACUAGUCAUACGGGAUUUGCUCUUGGACAAUCUGGUCUCGAUUGUAAUCGGCCGCUCGACCAAGCCUGUAGCUAAAUCGGCCCUAAAAACUCUGGAUUACUUUCUUGCCAAGGGAGUUUUCAACCUGGAUGACGUCAAAGCCACUCAUCUCUCCUAUCAUCAGGAGCUAUCUCAGGCUGCUGAUAUCGAGAUAUGGAGCGUCUUCACAGCGGAGUUGCUGCAAUGGACGAGGCUGCACUUUAUCUGUCCGGCGGCUGGAAAGUUCAUAGUGAGCUUGUGUCGUGCCCUGAGGCAAAGAGGUCACGAAGACUCUACAGGCUUGAGCAUAGACACAUGGCAUCGUUGGCUGCUCGAGUUUCUGGCACAAGAGCCAAGCCUUUUGGAAAACUUCAAAAAUUACAUAUUCCUUCCGCUCUUCAAGGUCGACAGGCCAGAAGGUCUGAGGCUUUUACAAAAAGUGAACCAACAUGAGUCCAGCUCAUCAGCUACGCUCGCCAAUGAUGAGUUUGACGCAAGUGCGCUUCUCACUCUGGCAGCCUUAGAAACUGGAAAGAAAGUUGGUCUCGUUGAGGAACCCUAUCUUGGCAGCGAUCAGUCAAACGAAGACAAUACAUCCAUUACACUCCGAGAAAAUGCUCUCGAGAGCGUGUUAACACAUCCCUCUCACGAGGUCCGCACAUCAGCUCUUAGUCUUCUUAUAAGCUCACCAUCAACGACACGGCCAUACUCUGCUACUACUCUGGACUUGCUUAAGAGACAUUUGGCCACUUAUUUUGCUGAUCCCGAUGCCAAAUUUCGAGUAGACGUCUGUGCCCGUGUCAGGGACAUGUUCAAGAGAGUGCGAGGAGCAAUCUCAAUAUUGAAGAAAAGUAUACCGCGAGCAAAGGCAAAAGCUCGAAAAAAUGCCUCCAAGGAGAUGACAUCUACUGCUGGCCAACAAGCGCUGUACCGCACCAAUAUAAUUUCAUGGCCAGAAUCUGAGCUGGUGUACUGCCUGGGGUACCAUGAAAAAUUCUUACACUGGUAUCUAGGAUUCUUACGUGACGAACUGUCCCCUACGACUUCUUACCAACGACAUAUUACAUCCCUUAAGAGCUUGAUAUCUAUACUCCGCAUGGAAGGGGAUAGUCCGAAGACUUGGGAGACGCCAGAAGAUCAGCAGCUGUUUUUCGACUAUUUUGAUGGAAAGUGGCUUCGAGCACUCGCUGAUCUAGUAAUGGAUCCAUUUGAUGACGUUCGGGAUACCGCCUCACUUGCACUGGCCCAGCUAUUUGCUGAUAACAGAUAUGGAAAAUUCACCCUUUACUCUACGAAGGCGAACCAAAGGCCUUCGGGACAACUUGAAGAAUUAUUACAUCGAGCUGAAAAGGUGUCAAUUCGUACUGCCAGAGCCGAUCAUUCUGAUGGCGUUGCUAGAGCCUCGCAACUGCUCUACAAAUUCUUGGACACGGAAGAUGAACGGCUGAGUCUUCUUUCAAAACUUGUUGAUACACUGGAUCACAAGAUAUCGAGAGCUGAAGCAGACUUAGGGCAGGCCGUUCUAGAACAGCCGCUGCACAGUACCUUUGCAUCGCUGUGCUUCACUUGGCAGGCCGUUUCUGAAAAGAAGCUGUCAAAAUCCGAGGCGGAGUCUGCUUCUGCGCUGCAGGACAGGAUGAUUGAUUGCUGUGAACGAGUGUGGAAAGCUGUUCGCGAUGUCCUUUGCGACGACUCUCCUGAGGGGCAUCUGCCUGAAGAGAUGGAAGAUACUGAAGGUCUUGAUACAAAGGGUCUCUUGAGUUACAGCUUUCGUGCCAUUCACGAAUCAAGCAAUUUAAUGAGGACGAUUGCGUCGAGUAUGAGAAACCGCUCCCGCGAGGGGCUUAUUACUCCAUCUCGAAAAGCGUUUGAGACCAUUGGAAAUCUGGCAUUCGAACAGCUAGCCAACUUGAGGCAUCGUGGUGCAUUCACAACAGUCGCUGCAACAUUUGCGACUUGCUGUCAGCUGACCAAACAUUUAGAUCCUGUUGAGGGCGAGGUAUCUCUGCUCAACAUAUGGUACAAGGGCACUUUGAACGAAAUCUUCACUCAAAGAUCCACAACUCGAAGAUCUGCCGGAAUCCCCUCGAUGAUGACGGGUAUUCUCUCUACAAAUGCAGCUGACCCAUCGUUCGAGGAUGCGAUGGCAAGGCUCAUAGAAAUAGCGAGUAUUGAGGCCCGCGUGGUAGAAACAGAUGGAUCAAAUCUACCUCAAGUCCACGCUUACAACUGUCUCAAAGACAUCUUCAAAAACUCGCUACUGACAUCUAUGGGGAAUAAAUCCGAGAAAUAUCUUCCCCAGUGCCUCGAACUGGCGGCUAGUGGGCUCAGGUCAGAGGUUUGGGCGAUUCGUAACUGCGGCUUGAUCUUCCUUCGCAGCUUGAUCGAUAGCCUCUUUGGGUCACAGGAGAGCAAGGCGAUGAUUGAAGCUGGCUGGGAUGGGAAGGCCAACAGGAUUCCAUACCACCGAUAUCCUAACCUUCCGACAGUGUUGGAAAGUCUUCUUAAAUCUGGUCACAAGAUGGUGACUUCAGCAAAUGCCACAUCGUCUGCCGAGUCGGUUUUCCCGGCCUUGGACAUUAUCCGUCGAGCAGGACCCCCUAAUCUCCUCCGAGACGAAAUUCAGGUUCAUGUCGCUGCAUAUUUAUUGAGCCCUGUAUGGCAUGUGCGAGAAAUCGCAGCCAGGACACUCUGCUCCUGCUUGCUGCACGACAAAUGGCUUGGCGUUGUUCAGGAUUUAAUUCACAAGUCGUUGAAUGACAAGACCGUCAACAGAAAAAAUCAUGUACACGGGGUUCUCCUAUCUCUCAAGUUUCUUGUUGAGAGGUUUAGCGAAGUAGCACCAGAUCGCCUUAUAGCUGAUUUGCCUGAGUUGACGGCAUUCCUCGAGUCAAGCCACAUUGAUAGCAUAUAUGUUGACUGCCCAGACAUCAUAGCUGCGUAUCUGGAAGUUAUCAACAUGAUAUGGAUGUCCCAAAUCUCCAAAUCUCAGCCCUUGCAGCCACCCAAAGUCUUGGUACCCACAGCCAACGGCUCUGCGUUGCUCAAAGCUCAAAGUAUCAUAAGCAGAAUACUUUCCCUGUCUCAAACCAAAGAGCCCGUCGGACAGGUUAAAGAUUUAUUGCGUGAGAGCCGUGUCGGUGCCGACACGAUGGUGGCUGCUCUGGAGUCGAUACAGAAACUGUGGCAUUCGGCCUCAACCCCUGACCACAUCAGAAUCGCCUUGUGCGACCUGUAUAUUGACGUUUGCCUCAGAACUUGCUUCAUGGAGCCCCAGGUAGUGGCCAUUGAAAACCUGGUAGAGUUGAUAAACCAACUCAUUACUGAGGACAAGCUCGGCUCCCUACCUAUAGCCUCUCUGAUGGACAUGUGGACGAUGCUACCCCAGCGCCCACUGAACCCAUCUCUGUCUAACGCCAUUGUGAGAGCCAGCGGCUGCAUAGUGGCCGCUAUGAACCAUACCAAACGCCUUUCCACGCCGGCUCUUCGGAGUUGGGGCGAAAUGGUAGCUGAUGCAGGAUCAGAUGACAAGGUCAGUCCCAAACCUACUUCUUCCUUUUCCAUCGACCUUGAAGAUUGGAUAAAGAUGCUAACCUAUCGACAGAGUUUCGACACUCGCUUUGCAGCAGCUCAAUCUCUUUGCUCAUUCUUCAGCGUAAUAGGAUCGUCCUGCACCAGUGAAGAAUACCUCCCUGUCAUCAUAGCCCUCUACGAUGCCCUAAACGACGAUGACGAUGAAGUGCGCGAGGCCGGAUCCGCCGCGGCGAGAAGCAUUCUCGGCCAGAAUCUAGCUCCCCUCGAAGCCUCCGGUCGUCUUCUUCAAUGGCUUGCCCAGCACUUUGGCAGCAGCGCUGAGUUUAAAGCCAUCGUUGCUAGUCGCAUCACCGGCCAUCGAGCCUCUGUAGCAAUUGACCAGCCGUGGGGCUCGCCUGCAGCACAACUUGAUGCAGCUCUCAAAUCUGACGACUCUCUGUUCGCAGUAGAAGAGCAGAAUCUCUUCAUAGACGAGGUUCGCGAGGCUAAUCGCUGGGCUGCCGUCUUCCAGAACCUAGCAUGGGAUGAGAAGAGCCCAGGAGACGCCAAGAUACUUGGCAAGCUGGACGAGUGGAUUUGCGAUGGCCUGGCGCAGAUGCAGCAACUGAUAAAGCAGGAGGACGGUCCUCUUGGCUGGGCGUCGAAUCCUCACGUCUUUGCCAUUGGCACAAACAUUCUCCGGGGCGCUGUGACAUUGAAGAGAGGCCACGGCACUGAAAAGCUGCGCCAGGCUGUUGAUGAUAUCAAAGAGCUGUUGAGGUUGCCGGAGCAUGAUCGGGUUUCAAAAUUGCUUGUAGAGCCAUUAGAAGAGAACUAG